AUGGAUCCGAGAAUGCCCUGCCUAUGUAGCACCCUCUCGACAUCAGUGCUCGGCACACUAUGCUUUCUCGUGAGUUCUAUACAGUACGACUUCGCGGUUCGAUCUUCGAGCAAGCAUGGAUGGAGAAGUAUCAGAGACUUCAAUAUUACUGUGGCCCUCUCAACAUCAAAUCUGCAUAUGGCCUCAAAAAGAAGCUCAGCCCACAUAGAGCAAUCAAGCGAUAUGACGUCUGAGUGUCCUACUAUGGUAGCAAAGCAUAAGACUUACACCCUUGCCAUGGUCACGAGGGAGAUUGAGAGGAUGUAUGGACAAGCUCAAGGAUACGCAGAAGAUUUUUUCUGUCCCAAGAGGUACAAUGGCCUCGAAUCACUGGACAUGCUUGAUCUUGUGUCUCGCUUGCGUCCUUGCCAACGAAUUACUGCACAUGGUAGCACCACAUCGUUGGCAUCCUCCUGGUCACGGAUGGACACAGAGGACGAUACCACAAAAGAUUCAACAAUCCACUCGAAGGGUUAUGGUUAUUCUACACAGCUAGCUGAGCUUCAUUCAACCGAAGUGUAA